AUGACGCUCCGAGCGGUGAUCCAGAGAAGGGAUAUAUCUGCAGCUCAUCCGGCUUUUUACUCACAUUUUAAUGCUAAAUGAAGGAACUACUUGUGCUAACAUGUAGGUUUUUCAUGCUGGUUGUAUUUGAAGUUAAUUUUUAAUCAUACUGAAACCACUUGUUGACUGUUUUGCUAUGUAGCGAGCUGAAGUUUAGUUUUAACGGUUGGGAAUCAGGACGUCUCACUGCUUCUCUUCCUAACUUCGGAAACCGCCGUAAAUAUUAAUUGACGUGUUCGGAAAUAUUCGGACAAACUCGCUGUGAGUUCAUUUUGUCCACUUUAUGAAGUUGUGAAGCUCGUCUGGCGGCUGGUUUCACUAUGGCAGAGCGGACUCCUCUCCUCCACUACCGCCUCUCCACCAGCGUCAAUGAGUCCGAGCAGCGGCCCCCUCCGGCCGGGCAGGCCCCGGUGCAGCACCCGCGCAGCUCCAGGCAGAGGGCCAGCCAGCAGCGGCAACCCAAGAAACUGUCCAUCUUCUUCGGUGUGGUCAUCCCCACCCUGCUGUCAAUGUUCAGCGUGGUGCUGUUUCUCCGGAUAGGCUUUGUGGUGGGACAGUCUGGACUGUACCAAGGCAUCGCCAUGUUCCUGGUGGCCUACUUCAUCAUCAGCAUGACCGUGCUAUCAGUGUGUGCCAUCUCCACCAACGGAGCCCUGGAUGCUGGGGGAGCCUAUUACAUGAUCAGCCGAGCCUUAGGCCCAGAGUUUGGCGGCAGCCUCGGGAUCAUGUUCUUCCUGGCUAAUGUGUGUGGCAGCGCUCUCUAUGUGCUUGGUCUGGUUGAAGCUAUUGUGGACACAUUUGGAGUUCCUGAAGACGGGACUGUGGCCACGUCUCCCUACCAGAUCCUGCCGUCGGGCUACUGGUGGUCCCUGCUUUAUGCCACCGGCGUCGCCCUGCUGUGCCUGCUGGUGUGCCUGGUAGGAGCCCACAUCUACGCCAAGGCCACCUUCCUCAUCUUCGUGGUAGUCAUGUUUGUCCUGAUCACCAUCUUCAUCAGCUUCUUCGCCGUACACCCUCGAACCGUCCUACUGCCGAGCUCUGCUGCGUUGAACCCGUCAGCCAAUGGGACCGGCUCUUCGUUUCCCACCACAGCCAAUUUUACUGGCUUCAAGUUGGACACGCUGCUCGGGAAUCUGUGGGCCGACUACACUGUAGAUUACACAACGGGAACUAUGAUGACCUUUGCCAGUGUGUUUGCUGUGAUGUUCAAUGGCUGCACCGGCAUCAUGGCAGGUUCUAACAUGUCAGGUGACCUUAAGAAUCCCAGUUAUGCCAUCCCCCGCGGCACCAUCACAGCCGUCAUCUUCACCUUCAUCAUCUACCUCCUCCUCAGUGUGCUGGUGGCCUGCUCCUGUGACCGUGUCCUGCUUCAGAGGGAUUACAGCUUCUUGAGAGACAUCAACAUCUGGAACCCCUUCGUCACCAUCGGGGUUUAUUCCUCAACGCUCUCCGCUGCCAUGAGCAACCUCAUUGGAGCUUCACGUAUCCUCUAUGCCUUGGCCAGGGAUGACUUGUUUGGUAAGGUGCUGUCUCCGGCUAAGAAGACGUCUCACAGCGGUAACCCCUGGGUCUCAGUGCUCAUCUCCUGGUUCCUUGUGCAGCUGGUGCUAUUUUCAGGAAAGCUCAACACCAUCGCCAGUAUUGUGACCAUUUUCUUCCUGUUGGUGUAUGCUGCUGUGGACUUGGCUUGCCUCGCUCUUGAAUGGGCCUCAGCGCCUAAUUUCAGGCCCACCUUUCGGUACUUCACCUGGCAUACCUGCGUGCUGGGUAUCAUUGGUUGCGCCGUCAUGAUGUUCCUCAUCAACGCCAUCUACGCCUCGGCCAGCAUCGCCUUCAUGCUGCUGCUGCUUCUGCUGAUUCACUACCUCAGUCCCACCUCCAGCUGGGGCUACAUCAGCCAGGCUCUCAUUUUCCACCAGGUGCGUAAGUAUUUGCUGAUGCUGGACGUGAGGAAGGACCACGUCAAGUUCUGGAGGCCUCAGAUCCUGCUGAUGGUUUCCAACCCUCGCAGCAGCGUCGGCCUCAUCACCUUCAUCAACGACAUCAAGAAGAGCGGCCUCUACGUGCUGGGACACGUCCAGCUUGGGGACCUCAACACUUUACCAUCAGACCCUCUGCAGUCCCAGUAUGACUCCUGGUUGUCCCUGGUGGAUCAGCUAAACAUCAAAGCCUUUGUCAACCUGACGCUGGCGGAUUCUGUUCGCCAUGGUGUCCAGCACCUCCUCUUCAUCUCAGGACUAGGUGGGAUGCGUCCUAACACCCUCGUUCUGGGUUUCUAUGACGACUGUCUUCCAAAGGACAAGCUGAUUGAUCCGUCCCUGUCCACUAGUCAGUCUACAGAUCCCCCCGGGCCCUUCCAGCUCGAGCAACCUCCUCUCUUCCACUUCGCCUCGCUGCGGGGCUCCAAUGACAGACAGGAUUUCGGUGAAUUUGGGGACGGGAAGGUCCUUGGGCCUCAAGAGUAUGUGGCCAUCAUUGCUGACGCCAUGAAGAUGCUAAAAAACGUGGUUCUAGCUCGAUAUUUCAAUAACUUUGACCGAGCCCAGGCCCUCUCACCGCCCUCCUCCUCUCCAGGGAAGGGAGCUGUGUACGUGGACGUCUGGCCGGUCAACCUCUUGCGUCCAGACAGCAGUAGCUACGUGGACACUUGCUCUCUGUUCCUGCUGCAGCUGGCGUGUAUCCUCAACAUGGUCAGAGCCUGGCGCAAAGCUAAGCUGCGUCUCUUCCUGUGUGUGGAGGAAGGACGCAGUGUGAGGGGCUCGGAGGAGAAGCUGGGCCAGCUGCUGAAAGAGCUGAGAAUCAAAGCUCGGAUCUACACCGUUCCCUGGGACCAGCAGGUGGCGCUACACUGGCAGCGCCAAAGCGACUGGGGCAAGAAGCAGAGAUCCCAGUCCCCAGAUACUCCUACAGACGAGAAGAAGCUGAGAGCCGAGGAGGAGGAGGAGGAGAACGAAGACGAUUAUGUCAACAGCUUCCCAAGCAACGCCACGCGCCUGUCAGACGACUACCUGUCAGCUGUCAAUAAGCUGAUCCUGGAGCAGGCCCGACCUCUCCCUGCUGUGCGUUUCCUGUACUUGCCACGACCCCCCGCUGACACCCGCCGCUACACUGCCUAUUUACGCCAGCUGGAGCUGCUGACUCAGGAUCUGGGCCCCACGCUGCUCAUCCACGGAGUCACGCCCGUCAUCACCACUGACCUUUGAACGCUGUCUUGCUAUACAGUGAAAAGUGCCUCAGAUGCUGAGAGCUGUGAGGUUUUUAGUGACGUCUCUACUCAACAACAGACUGGGUAAACCCUUUAAAUUUGACCCACAGUUCACUGGACACCAUCUGCUCUCUCACAAACCUCCACCCAUGUAGAACAACGUCUCCAGAGGUGCAGCUUGUUUUAGAAGAUUUCAAAUCCAGACCACGUAUUGUGCAGCAAAUUUCGGCCUGAAUCCUUUCUGGUAUUCCCAUCACUAACGUGAAGACACCGUGAUUUUUUUAGACAACCUUGUGGCAGUUUCAGCACAACACAAUCACACUAUGAUUGAAUAUACCAAAAUACAUUUGGCAGUUGUAGAAACAAUGAAUGAAUGUUGAACCUGUGGAGCCAGCCAGUAAAAACCAGCAUGAAACGGCACACGGUGUUCUUUUGUACCACUGUUACACAAAUGAGCUGACAGGUUCACAGGUGAAAAUCAUUUCUACCUGCAUAAACAAACAUUCCCUCUUACUUCCAUGUGUUUCCUUUGCUGACCAGCUGCUCUUCCAUUUUAGCAGCAAAACAAAGGAUACCACUGAACAAUAAUAGCUGCGGUGCUACUUAUGUUUGGUAUUAUUCCAAAAAUCAUUUAAUGUGAGAUCUCAGGAUGACAUUCCUCUUUUAUCCAAAUGCACUUUUAUCCUUCUUUGGCCACACUGCGUGUUGUGCAGCUUUCCAACACAACUUUAACGUGUUUACAGUCCCAGUAACUACCGUGAUUAUCUGUGAUAUUCCAUUGAUCUGUUUUCAUGUCUCUGAGGUACUAAUCACUUUCGGUUUUCACUCGGUAGUGACCACGGUACUUGACCAGACUCGUGCUGAAGUGCCUAAAUGAGUUUAAAGAGCUGCUCAGCUCUGCAGCGUUGGCCUUUACCCAAAGUCCUUGUAACAUUUAAAGUGAAUCUAUGCAACUUCUGCUGAACUGUGUGGACACAAAUGGGAUUUUUGGGGUAUUUGUGAUUGCUAAAGUGUAGCAAAGGUGCGUGGUCUCACUUUAAGCUGUGUUAUUGCCGUGUUCCCCAGCAUACUGAGGCAAGUAGUAUUUCCAUUCCUUGAUAAUGCACUCUAUUUCCUCUGUGACAAUAGUCUAAGGGGUAGUGAUCCUUAAAUUUUGAAUCUCUGAAGUCACUGCUAGUAAAAUAGAUUCAUUCAGUUGAGUAGUUUUCCCAGACAAUCUUCUUCACACUGACUCUGACACAUGUGGGGUCCAGACUGUGUUUGAUGAGAGGCUGUGCUGGAUUUGAACCUGUCUCGACGGUCUUUGGCUGUGUUUGGAAUGAGAUACAUGUUUACUUGUGGACCAGUUAGAUCCGCUCGGUUUCAGUAGAUAGGUUUUUAUUUGGACACUACACUCUUCAACAAACCAUUGACACUACAUUUCUUCAAAUCUUUGGGAUUUCUGUUCUCCGACUUUCGGACGAACAAAAAAAUUCUGCAUAACACACUUCAGUGAAGAAAUGAAACCUUCAGUGUUUGAAUUGCUUUUGAAAUCUGACACAAAUAUAUAAACUUUACAAGAUGUAAACUGGAAUGCCAGAAGAAAAAUAAAAUGUUUUUAUUA